GGGAAUCCGGAUUCGGAAACUGCAAAUCCCAAAAUAAUUCUAACCAGUAACAGAUGAUCGUAUAGCUUUAAAGUACUUGAUAAACUGACAUGUAACUCGAUAAAUCCGUCAUCUUCAUUGUUCAGGGAAUUUCGCUAUCUUAUUUAUCUUGUUUAUCUCUCUCCGUAAACCACUUUUGAUGUUAAAAGUUCGUUUGCCUUCUUGUGAUUACUGUGGUGUGUCCUAUAUAUUUGACGUGAUACGUGCAGCAAGGGAAAAGUAUAGAAAGUGCUAACCCGCGUCACCUCUUUCAACAGCAGUUGCACGAAGAAAGCUUCAUUAGAAAAAGUCACGAGAAGAGGUUAUUGUUUAUUGAAUUACACUAUUUGCCUGUCGAGCGGAACUCCUGAGCUGAACGAAGUACACCGCUUUCAAGCUCUGCGUCUCGUAAUAUUUCACUACAAAGCACUGUUGCACACCAUGACCGAGAGAGUUUAUAAAAUUGCUGUUCUUGGGAACGAAGGAGUCGGCAAAACAGGUCAGUGAGAAAGUCUUGUUUUAGUUAAUUUUUAGAAGGUUCACGAAGAAUUAGUUUUUCUGUUCUGUUCUGUUUUGGUAAGAGAGAUCUUGGUUGCAAUAGUCGAGCUGCUGUUCAGCAACUAGUGUUUGCUAGCCUGGUGAAUCAAGUGUUUGGUUCUCCCUUAUUAAACGUCAUAUCGAAAGAGUGGCUAGUCACGUUUUCGAUGUUCAAAGCCAAACCAUUCUCGUUAACUUGGACAGUUUUCGGUGAUUAAUCGCGCAACAGUGCUCGCCCUUCUUUGAAUAUGCGAUUGUUGACCUCAGAUAAGUGUGGAACACUCUUUGAAAGCUUUUUGUCUUCCUUCAACAAAUCUUGAUGUGCCAACCUUUUGGUGACACAUUUGGCUCGACGCUGAUACAGCUUCUUCCCAUCAUCAAUCGAUCGACAAGGACCAACAGUUGUUGGCAAGAUCACGAACAGAUAUCGCGGAAAAUCAGAUGAAAUUUGAAUCAGUCAUGCUUACAAGUUCAUAACAGAGUUGAGUCUGAUUCUCUGAAGUAUACUAUUUUUCUUUUCUGUCUCACAAUUUCAGCGGUUUUGGAAUAAUUACUAGUCUCUCGUCGCUACUGUGGUAAUUUUUCUCCUUCUUUCAUGAGCACUGAUUGGCAAGUGCGUUCGUGGACUGUUCGAAUCGUACAGACGUUACCAGUGUCGUUUAGAAUUAAUUGUUGCAAAGUUUCGGCCUCUUGAAUGGCCGCUUGUUCAGAAUUGUUGUUCCUGUCUUUAGUUCCUAUCCGCAAACAAUUUAAAUCGAUACUAUGAGAAGUAUACUUGUGUGGUUUAGAUUGAAUGCGGACAUAAGAAAACCUACAGACACUAUGACACAGGAUAAAUGAGACACACCUAUAGGCGGAGUUCGUUGUUGGGAAUUUCGAAAUGGAACUUUUCUUUUUAUAGAUUUAUUUUUUCUUUUUAAACGUGAGGAAAAUCGCAGAUUGGCUCCGUAUGGUUGCAUUUUGUAUUCCUCCUUGGAGAGCGCCUUAAAUAGUUGAACCGAUAUUUUUUUAAUUUACUUUCGUCUUGGUUUUCCGCGUACGGGCUUUCGUAAACCUGUUCUGCCCGGCUUUAGUAUUUAUUCUUGCCAGUUGCACUUAAUGAUCAAACAAAACUGAUGAACUUUCCGGAAGGUCAGGGACGACGAAGGCAUUUUAAAAAUCUUUCAACCGACGUCAUAAAUAUCUUGUUUCAUAAUCAACACGACAAUGAUGAUUAUAUCCUUCAAUUUACAGUUAAAACUCUGCAAGGCAUUAUGAAACCUUCCUAUUAAUCGGAAGGCGGAGUAGUCAGUAUUUGAAGUGGCCGAACAAGCAUGGGUUUCCUUGGGGUCGCCGUUAUUUCGAAAAGCGUUUUGGUUAGCCAGCCAAGGAAGUCACAUUACUGUAUUACUAAUAGCACUAUGACGGCUGUUGGGAAUAAAUUCUUUCCAUAUUAUGUUAUUAAUCAACCUGCCGCCAGGCGUGUUAUAAUCUGGAGGAAAUUUCGAAUUUUCUCGUUUAAACAUGGUUUGCUGAAGUACACAUAAGAACUACUCAGAGAACACUCCUAGACUAUCUGAGGACAUCAAUGACAAAGCUUUUUUUUCUGUUCUUGCAGCACUGUUGGUACGUUUCCUGUGUCAUCGAUUUAUUGGGGAAUAUGAUCCUACAAUUGGUAAGAGGAACGAGUAACGAAAGUUCACUGCAGUUUUUGUUAAACUAUAAGGCAGGAGUUUUGGGGGAGGUUCAUAGGGAACGAGAGAUAAGUUGUCAACAACAGAGUAUAGAGAGAAAACUAAUAUUGACUGCCAAUUAACUGCCAAUUAACUGCCAAUUAACUGCCAAUUAGGGGAGGGGAGAUCAUUAGAAUACCGCAGAGUCCUAUGGGGGAAUAAGUUUUAAAACUUUAUCGUGACACAACCAAAAUCAUUCGUCCUCCACCCCCACGUGAGAAAUAAAGACCUGCCCCGCUGCUGUGUUCUGAUGGAAGCUUGUGACGUGAACUAGGAUAUGCCUUCCUCGAAAAAUGGUUUUCUUGGAAGAACUCGAUGAACUUGGUAUAAAACAAAAGGUAACCCGCACCUAACCCCCCCUUCUCUGACGUUCUUGUCGCUCUUUCUUUCACUGGGACUUUAAGCAGUCAGGACGGCAACGCCGAGGAAACGUCGAUUAAAAGAUAAAAUAAUAUUUUUCUUUCUUGUUGCCGUUGCCUCCGUGGUUUGUUUAACCUUUCUGAGGGAGGGUGUCACACCCUUGGCCCUUAACACCCUUACAUCAGUAUGCAUAUUCUCCAUAAAGUUCUCUAGACAUUUCCUAAAGUGAUGACAAGGAGAAUUUGUUGAAAGAUCAAGAGCUUCUUUAGUUGGUGAUCAUUUCAUGUCAUGACCUUAAUGUUUGAUUCAGGGGCGGUAUGAUUGGAGAAUUAGAUGCUAGUCGCUCUUUGGUGAACUCGUAGAGGGAAAAAAAAACAGUGCAGCCACGGGGUUCACACGAUGUUAUGGUGUGUGAAUUUUGAGAUGCGUGAUUUUAUGGAAGGUAAAUUAUUUAGUUUGUCGUGGUAAUUAACUUUCUUUUUUUUUUCAGAGGAUUGUUAUCAGCGUAAAAUAACAGUGGAUGGUGAGGAAGUCACCAUUGAUGUGUUAGACACAGCUUACAGGGUAAGUAAUCAAUUCUGCCCAACCUGUUCCAAAGCUUUUUCUUUUAUUCUUUUAACAAACUGUACACUGAAUGAUGGCAUAAGAAAAAGCCUUGCCAAAUUUACUCAAAUUGAGGGUUCCCUUCCCCGUAUUCAUCCCGUUAAUUUUAUGAAAAUGAACGACCUUUCUCAGUUCGUGUUUGCCAAAGACUAUAACUACUUCCUUCAAUUCUCGUUUUUCAAUUUACAGUUAGCAUUGUUUUACUUUUUAUAUCAUUCGUGCACUUAAGUUGUCAAUGUAUCCUCCAUUUUGGCUUUUCUAGAACACGCCAUCGAAGCUUGUGGAGAAUUUUCUCCACGUGGGAGAUGGUUUCAUCAUUGUCUACUCCAUGACAGACAGGAAGAGUUACAUCACAAUCCCGCGGUACAAAGAAAUGAUUGAAGAAUCACGUGACUGUACUAUUCAGGGCCCAGCUUCGAUAGUACUCAUCGGGAACAAAACUGACCUGAAAGAACAUCGCACAGUCGCGAAGCGGGAAGGACAGACAUUGGCCAAAAGAUACGGGUGGUUAUUCGGCGAAGCUUCAGCUGCAGAAUAUGAUGGCGUGGAUGUCUGUUUUUACGAUUUAAUCCGUGAAAUGCGAGCGCGCAGGUGUAAGAUGAAUCCUUCUGCGCUUCUCCUGCAUCUGAACGAUCUACGUCAGUCCAGUUGCAGUGAUACGGACAGUCAAACAGACGAAAGUGCGUCGGAAAGCAAGAAAAAACGUUUUGUGAAAAAGAAAUUGAGCGAUUCUAGUCGUCAAUACAAAAGGAAAUUGUUUGGUUCGUGGCAUCAUGUGCAUUCAAAGUGAAAGAGAACUUAAGUUUGGUUAGAUACUUGUAAAGGAAAUCCAAGGCCCUCUGAUUCGUAAUAAACAAUUGGAGAGUUUGAAAAUGAAGAAUAAAAACACACCUAAAGUACCAAGAUAGCGUAAAGGCGAGUCGGUUAGCUACUUUCUUGAUGAACGCUCUUUUCAACUGAAUUUAAUUUGACUGCUUUAUGUUCACUUUUCUCCGUGCUUACUAGACGAAUAAAUUAAGUCCUGACGUAAAUGAGAAUCUUCUUAUCAAUUUUAUCACUUGAAUUGGACAUUUCUGAAUUACCUUUGGCCUCUUCUUCAAAGCGAG